AUGGCCACAGCAUCUUUGGCAUCUUGGGCACAUGGUCUUAAAUAUUCCGAUUUACCACCCGAUGUCAUCCGAGCUGCUGUGCGAAGUUUCUAUAACUGGGCAGGAUGUGCAAUUGGUGGAAGUGACCAUCCAGCAACUACUAUAGCUGCAAAUGGUACGCAUCUCAAUACAAUUAUCCAUCCCACCGGUCCAGUUGCGAGUGCACUUCUUGCAGUCGCAGAAUGGAAAGGUGGCUUCUCGGGAAGAGAAUUUCUACUCGCUUUGAUCGUGGGCAUUGAAGCGGAAUGUAAAGUUGGUCUGGCAGUCUGGCCAGAUCAUUACGAUACAGGGUGGCACAUUACAUCCACGACAGGCUCUAUCGGAGCUGCAGCAGCUGUUGCGAAAUUAUUAAAUCUUCCCAUCGAUCGCACAACGCAUGCAUUGGGAAUCGCCGCAACACAAGUUGUUGGCUUGAGAGAAAUGUUUGGGUCGCACACCAAGGCUUUUCAUCCCGGUCGUGCAGCUCAAAAUGGUCUCAUGGCUGCGGUGUUGGCUCAGGGUGGUUACACCAGUAGUGAACAGGCUUUAGAAGCCAAGAGAGGCUGGGCUAACGUUGUUGGUAUUACAAAGCCAGAUAUUGGAGAAAGUCUGGCAAAAUGGCUGGGAACUAAUGAUGCCUUUGGUCUCCCCACUACAGAACGCGCGGGAAGGUGGGAGAUUUUAAGAAAUAGCUUCAAACCAUUCCCAUGUGGGAUUGUGAUUCAUCCUAUCAUUGAUGCUUGCUCUCAACUUAAGCUUGACGUGGAAGCUGCUGGGUCAACUGCUAAGAUUAUCAAAUCUAUUGAAGCGAAAGUCCAUCCUCUUGUGUUAGAGCUCACUGGGAAAAAGAAUCCCCGAGAUGGACUGGAAGGCAAAUUCAGUGUUUAUCACGGAGCUGCCAUCGGUCUUCUAUUUGGAAAAGGAACUCCGAGUCAAUACGAGGACCACGUAGUUCAAAGCCAAGAAGUUAUCUCUAUCCGCGAUAAAGUCAAUGCUGUAGCUGACAGUAGUUUGGGUGCUGACGAAGCAAUAAUAACGAUCAUAUACGAGAAUGGGAAAAAAAUUCAAAAACACGUCAAACAUGCAAUUGGAAGUGUGGAGGUACCAAUGGAUGAUCAAAUGCUACAGCAGAAAUUCGUAGACCAGUGCGCUGGUAUUUUAGGCGAAUUUGUGAAGGAAGCGAGCGAUGCUUGCUGGAAUAUCGAGAAUGCCAAGGACGUUGCCGAUAUUGCUAAAAGAAUCUAA